UGUGAAACCAUAAAUGGAAGUUGACCCCCAGACUAAUUCACAAGGGCAGGCUGUGAAGCUAUCAGCUCCAAUGAUUGAUGAACAGAAGCAGAAUAGAAAAAGAGAAGAACAGAUUCAACAAGAAUCCUCCAACUUCGAUGCUCAGAUCUGAGAAUACCUCUACUCUAAGAUGGAAGGGACUGAAAUCAAGCUCGAAUCAGACACAACCCUCGUCUUGUUUCUGGAUCAAGACAACGACUGGAAGCUGCUGAAACAGUUUUCUAAAAUGAAGAUACCCAGAGUUUCCAGCAUUAUCCUACAUCAUGCUCCUUUGACAAAGAAGCAUUUCAUCAAGUUUGUUGUGAAUUCAGUUCCGAUUGCGAUGGAGAGUCUCCAUGUUACUGGAGUCCCAAAUGAGCUCGAAACCAAGUAUUCCAGCCUCCUUGUUCACCCGAAAAUGGCUACAGCAAACAGCCUCUCAUUGAACUGUUUCAAGAAUUUGAACGAAAAGCAGUUGAAGAGACUUUUCAAGACCAAUAGACACAAGGAGUAUCUGGCAAUCAGCAGCUCCACAUUCUCACUGUCAGAGGAGCCAGACUUCUCAGAUUGCUUCAGAGAGGCUACUCUGCAAAGACUCAACCUCUAUUUCUCCAAGAUGGAUAGAGACAAUGGCUCAAACUCAGAGACUCAUGACCUAGACAGCAUGGUGUGUGCUCUGUCAAAGUCCCCAGACCUGCACAGAAGCAUCGAAAGAAUCUUCAUCGGCAGUGCCAACUCUUCCUACAAGUUGAACGAAGAGACACUGGCUAAAUACGGAUUUGAAUUUGAAUAAAAAUUCCUAAAA